CCGUUCCUUUACUGUCAAAAUGCAAGUGUUCCGAAAGCUUGGCUGACAAUAUAACGCGGUCGCAAAAAAUUCUUUUAAAAUUACAUUUUUUAAAGUGAAUAGUUAUCAAAAUAGUAAUGAAUUUAUAUAAAAACAUAACUUUAGUAUUUCCGCAAUACAAUACAAUAAUUUAUUUCAUCGGAAUGUUCAAAUAAAUGUGAAAAAAUCAAAUUGCAAAAUUUCUAUCUGCCUCAAUAUUCGUUUUUUUUUUUUUUUUGGUGAAAAAAUUAAUUUUCUCCGCCCGUCUGUUCUAAUUCACAUUCACUCCUGCUCACACACUAGUGUUGUGUGUCUCUGCUUUGAAUAUAGUGCGAAAGAAAGAGACAACAAGUGUGUGUUAAGUGCUUGAUUGGUUUUGGUAAAGUGACAUUUCGGACCGAUUUCCUCACAAAUACGACACACGAACAAGAAAAAUAAAACGUAGGAUAUGAUAAACGAGUGAAUAAAAUAAACGGAAGGUACACACACACACACCCACAUGUUCUUUCGUCGUCGAAGAUAAAUAAUUUCCUGUGUGCGGAUUGUUCUUAUUUUUUUUUUGUUUCAAAUUUUAUUUCAUUCAUUAAAUUAAUUUUUGUAUUGUAAAUCACGACGAGCAAAACAAUUGAAACAAAUUGUCUCUGUUUCCAAUUAAUCGCGCAAUACCCAAAGAGCGAGCUCACACAAUCCAUUGGCCACAACAGCAGCAGGGAAAGAAGAGCAAAGAGAUAAACAAAAAAAAAAAUAAAAAAUGGCGACAAGUCGUACUCGAAUUCAACAAUCAAAAAACAUCAGUUCCAUCCUCUCAAAGCUGCAAGGUGCUUUCUCCGAUGCCUGUGGACCCCAAAAAAUGUCCACCGACAAGAAGACCCUCGAGAAAACCUGGAAGCUAAUGGACAAAGUGGUCAAGCUCUGUCAGCAGCCAAAGAUGAACUUGAAGAACAGUCCACCAUUCAUUCUGGACAUCCUGCCCGACACGUAUCAGCGUCUGCGACUAAUUUAUUCCAAGAACGAGGAUCAGAUGCAUAUUCUGCAUCAAAAUGAGCAUUUCAAUGUUUUCAUCAACAAUUUGAUGAGGAAAUGCAAGCAGGCAAUCAAGCUGUUUAAAGAAGGCAAAGAGAAGAUGUUCGACGAGAACUCGCACUAUCGCAGGAAUUUGACAAAGCUCAGUUUGGUGUUUUCGCACAUGUUGUCGGAGCUGAAGGCGAUAUUCCCGAAUGGGGUGUUCGCUGGCGAUCAGUUUCGGAUUACUAAAGCCGAUGCUGCAGAGUUUUGGAAGUUUAAUUUUGGAAAUAGCACUUUGGUGCCAUGGAAAAUAUUUCGCCAAGAACUCAACAAAGUGCAUCCUAUAUCAUCGGGACUCGAGGCAAUGGCACUCAAAACAACAAUUGAUUUAACGUGCAAUGAUUAUAUAUCGAAUUUUGAAUUUGAUGUAUUUACUCGGCUAUUUCAACCGUGGGUAACAUUGUUAAGAAAUUGGCAAAUAUUAGCAGUAACACAUCCGGGAUAUGUGGCAUUUCUAACAUAUGAUGAAGUUAAAGCCAGAUUACAAAGAUACAUUCAUAAAGCUGGCAGUUAUGUUUUUAGAUUAUCUUGUACAAGAUUGGGACAAUGGGCGAUAGGUUAUGUUACAAGUGAUGGCGAAAUAUUGCAAACAAUUCCGCAAAAUAAAUCACUUUGUCAAGCACUUUUGGAUGGUCAUAGAGAGGGCUUUUAUUUAUAUCCAGAUGGGCAACCUUAUAAUCCUGAUCUUUCAUCGGCGGUUCAGAGUCCCACUGAAGAUCAUAUUACAGUGACACAAGAGCAGUAUGAAUUGUAUUGUGAAAUGGGAAGCACAUUUCAACUUUGUAAGAUUUGUGCUGAAAAUGACAAAGACAUUCGAAUUGAACCAUGUGGUCAUUUGCUAUGCACGCCCUGCCUAACGUCAUGGCAAGUAGAUUCCGAAGGACAGGGCUGCCCAUUCUGUAGAGCAGAAAUAAAAGGUACCGAACAAAUAGUCGUCGAUGCAUUUGAUCCAAGAAAACAACACAAUCGAAAUUCAACAAAUGGCCGACAUCAGAAUGUCGACGACGAUGAUACAGAGGAUUUUGGGGAAUUCAACAUUGCAACUUCAUCCUUGCACGCUCUUAGCAACAGCAUGGGCACUGCAUCGCGUUCGGAAAAACCAAGUCCCCAUUCAUCGCCUCGCUUGACACGUCGCAGCACCACGCCUAGUCUAAUGGCUGUUCAAAAUGAUCUAUACUCUGGACACCAACCAACACUAUCUAUACCCACUUCCCAACCCCAUCCACAGCCAUCAGCGCCUCCUUUGCAUGUCGUAAAUGGAGCAGCCAAUAGUGGAGGAGGGAAAGUUUCCAACUUGUCUUCAUCUUCUUCCUGUGUCAAUGCAGUUGGUUCAUCAGCGGCUAAAUCAACAAAUCGUAUGAGUGCUCCAGCAAUGGGAACAAGUUCAACGGUGUCAGCUUCAUCUAGCACCAAUAACAAGCCCUUUGCAAAAGCUAUGUCAACGGAAAACAACGAAAACUGCAAUUCGUCAUAUGCAGUAUUGCAAAAUCCAAAUAAUGGUCACAAUCACAAUCCCGUUGCUCCACCCUUACCACCGAGAAAAUCUUCACCAGGCGUAGACAACACAACCAAACAACAACAGCAAGGAAAACCCUUAUCAGCGGGAGUACCAUCUAGUGUUGCCUCAAGUUUGCUCAAUUUGAAUAGCUUGCCCCUGCAGGCAUGCAGUCUUAGCAAAAGCACCGAAAAUAUCACAGCAGCAGUCGAAGUACCGAAAACCACAGCCCCACCAAUCCCACGUCACAAUCAAACCCACAAGAACGUUGAUACCCUUGCCGAUGAUUUGAGAAAUCAUCGAAUUUCCACUCCAACUCCUGUCAACAACUUAGCAUCAGCCAUUCCACCAGCACAGCGUUCGAUUGCAGACGAUGAUAUUGUCGGCCCGGCCGAAACCAUAUCAGGCAUCAUAGACACUAGACCCUUGGAAGCCAGAAUUCCGGUCACUGUCUCUACAUCAUCAGCUGAGAAUAAUGAGAAUUCACUCGAAAAUAGCAAUAGUGUUUACCAUAUGAAAAACUCAUCGUCAUCGGUAACACCAAAUCCAUAUACCAAAAAUGUGCGUUACAAUCCACAAGCCUUUCCUAACUCAGCCUCAAGCCAACACAUAGCAUCAUCGUCGUCGUCGACAUCGACAAACGAUUCGAAUUCUGCUUCGCACCAGAAUCCACUCUUGUACGAAAAUGUGACAAUCAAUAACAAAGACUGCAACGUGCCAUACGAAAACAUCAAUUUGGAAUACAUAGCUCGUCUCAUGAAUGAGGGCUAUUCCAAGGAGAAUGCCAUUACUGCUUUGGGCAUAUCAAGGAACAAUAUUGAAAUGGCAUGUGAUAUUCUACACGAAUUUGUUUCAAAGAGUAGUAUUUAAAAAAAAAAAAAAAAAAACAAA